AUGUCCAUAAGAUCAAGCAAUGAUACAGUACUGAAAGAAUUUUUCAAGCAAAAUUGGAACAUUCCAAGUAGGAACUCGCAGUUACACAAUCUACGCAUAAAUAAUAUAAUAAAUAUGGAUCUUAGAGUGGCAACUAUCUUGUUGAUUUCUUUUCAACACUUGUUAGCUGCAGAAAAUGCAACUGAACAAUCAUUACAAAUUCCCGCCUUAUCAACACCCUUUGGUAAUACAACCACCCGGGAAACUGAGACAACCGAGGUUCAAAAUGUUUCAAAUUUAGCUACAGAAAACCUAUUGAUUUUACCAAAUAAUUCACACCAGCUGAACCAAAAAUCAUUUAAUCUUGAACAAAAUGAGCAAAAUGAUUUGAAGUUCAUAAGACCUACUAGAGGUAAAACAAAGUUUACAUUCGAAAAUAUAGUACAUGCAUUAAGCAGCAAUGAAGUUUCAAGGAAUGAAACAACAAAUCAAGACCAAAGCAAUAAUUAUUUUGUCGAUCAACAAGAAUCUGAAGAUUUACAGCGACAACAACAACAACAACUAGAUUUAGCAACAGUGGAAAAAGAAGAAUUCAUCCAGACAGAAUUACAUAAUCUUGCGAAGGAUAUUGCGGAAACAGAGCUCAAUCUUGAAGGAGGAAAAACCAAUAACAGCCCUCGGCCAUCCUCUUCGUGGAAGUCAUUUUUUUCAAAUAUAUUCCCCCAAGGAAUUCUAAAUGUUUUCCAUUUGAGUGUCUCCACUGAAUCAAAAAAAUCAAAUGGAAUUCCAACAAUGCCGCUGAGAGAAAAUAUUACUCCACAAGAAACAAAUCGAAAUAAACGAGUUCUUGCUGAGAUGACAAAACUGACGAUAGCUCCACCAUCACCAAUUGUCCCACCAUCAACAAUUGCCCCGGAAACACCAAUCCCGAUUGUUGCCUCAGUUUCCGUAACAGCACCUGAAACUGAAGCACCACAAACUGUAACACCUGCAAAUGUGGCCGUAGCCAGUGAAGAAAAGAAAUCAAACGGAAGUGUUAUGACAAAUAAGGAUGUUUUUGACAUAAAUAGCGCUGCUGAAGUAUCUCAACUUCCAUCCGAAAUAGUAAUUCCGAUGGAAUCGAGAAACAUUUUCCACAUACAUCCGCUGAACUGCGAAGGUAAUUGCGGUGAAGAAACUGAAGAUUAUGUCGAUCAACUCUCCGAAACAGGUGAUGAUAAUAUAGUGGCCUUCUCAAAUGAAUCACCAAGAGCUAUUUUUUACCCUACACCAAAAUCUCUGCCAUAUGAUGGUCCCAACACAAUUCGUAACAGUGAAGGUUAUUAUUCUGGUACAGGAACACAAACAAGUGAGGAAAUCAUUCGAGAAAAUACAAAAGAUUUCGGACAAAAGAUACCCUAUCAUCCAGCGAAACAGCUUGAUGACUUCCAGAAAGAAGUCGAAAAACAAUUCGAUCACAAUGAAGUACGAAUUGAUUCAGAAGCAGCUUCACGGAAAUUCUUAAAGCAUUUCAAGGGGAAAUUUGUGAAGCCCUCACAACAACUAAGUUCUGGACAAGCUAAUAACUUUAAAGGCAUUAAUCAUUUUCAGUUGAUCUCGAGUACACUGAGUCCUGAAGUAAACUUUAAGUCUCAGCCUAGUCCUAUUAAACCUGAAAGUGAACUUCAUACUUACAUUUAUUCUGCAGGAUUCACUUCCGAGUCGAGAGACACGGGACCUCCUAAAACAGGUCAAAAUACCGAAGGCAAGUCUCCUAAUUCUGAAAUUGUGUUUGUACCAUAUCCGGAAGUUACACCUCAGACUCUUGCUCAAGCAUUUAAUUCAGUUACAAAUGCCGUAUCAGAGGCUCCUAAGCCUCCAGCCAACAUUUCACCCUGGAUUACACCAAACAAGAAAUCCGAUACCAAAGACAGCGGUAAAGUAAAUUCAAACCAAAUGAAGACGAACAACCAUUUGCAUACCAGUAUUUAUUCUGCUGGUUCUAGCGAUGAUGAAGCACCACCACAAAGCGUCAAAGGUGAUGAUAGUGAGAACAAUAUCCAAAGUCAAAUCAAGAAAGAAAAGCCUAUCGAAGAACUGUUUGAAGCAUAUUCUACAAAUUUAAGACCAGAGAGUCUUCUUCACACUUAUGUCUAUUCUGCACAUGAAAAAGUCCUUAACAACUCACUCAUUGAGUCUGGAGGGAAUCGUAAGCCUGGAGCUGAUUUUCCUCCUUGGAUUACACCAAAACCGGAAAAAUACAGUCAAGGUUUAUCAAGGCCCACACAAACGACUUAUUUGUGCACCGAAGAUCAGUUAAAGAAUGGUGAUUGUUCUUACUCAACAACUCCUGCAACUGAAAUUUUCAAUCAACCAGAAAAUUUGAUUGAGAUACAAAAAUCUUUAGAACAGCAAGUUAGACAUACCAAACCUUAUGUGUACUAUAGUUAUCCACCAUCAGGACCACCCUUGCUAUCGAAGAACCCAAUAAAUGUCGUUCAGCCAGAGGAUUCUCUGCAGAGUGAAAGUCUUGUUAUGCCAGAGAGCUACCAGCAACGACAACAAUAUCUUCAAGAUCAUCAAAAGCACCUUAACCAACAGCAGGAAUAUUUCCAGCAACAUCAAAUUCAGCAAUAUCAACAAAAGCUUCUACAACAGCAACAGGAACAAUACCAACAAAAGCAACUCGAACAGAUAAAGAAGCAGCAAGAGCUCUUGCAGCAAUACCAACAGAAACAGCAGCAACAAAUGCAACAAUACCAACAAGUUCAGCAGCAGCAACGAGACCAACAACAACAGGAACUACAGAAACAACAAAUGCAGCAACAUCAACAGCUGCACCAAUUUCAGCAAGUCCAACAACAACAAAGAGAUCAUCAACAGAUGCAGAAACAGCAACAACAGCUGCAACAGUACCAACAAGAGCAGCAGACACAAAGAGACCAGCAACAUUUGUUGCAGCUGCAAAAAGACCAACAACAGAAACAGCAGCAGGAACACCAACAACAAUACGAGAAGCAACAAAAACUCGUUCGAUACAAUACGGUUAAAGUUGAGAAACUUGUUCCGAAGCCAUAUCCAGUGCAUAUAAAGGAAAUUGUGGAGAAAAUCGUUGAGCGUCCCGUGCCCGUCGACCGUAUUGUGGAAAAGCCAGUAAACGUUCCGUAUCCAGUGCGGGAAGUGGUAGAAAAGAUUGUCGAUCGGCCAUACCCGGUGGAAAAAAUUGUUGACAGACCGGUGCACAUACCGUACCCUGUUCAGGUUGACCAUUUUAUCGAUCGACCCUAUGCAGUUCGAGUGCCCGUAGCCGUUGCAGUACCGGUCCCAGUUCAUCAAUACAUAGAUCGACCUUAUCCAGUUGAGAAGAUUGUCGAAAAACCCAUUCACGUGCCCUAUCCAGUGGACAAGGUGGUGGAGAAGAUCGUUGAGAAACACAUUCCGGUUGAAGUUGAAAGGAUUGUUGAGGUUGAGAAGCCUGCACCACCGAAAAAACCCGCAGCCAAAAAAGCUACAGUAAAAACACAAUCUUAUCCCAUCUCUCCGUCAGAAGCAGCAGUCGACGCACAUAAGAAUAAAAGCAAACUCAAUCUUGAAGAUUUCCUUGAACUUGUUCCACCACCUGUAGAUGAAGGCGAUCAUGAUGCCUACAGAACCAUUCCCGAUGAUAUUGAGUUUAUUUUACUGGACGACUACAAUAGACCAAUACCAUUCGAUAAUAAUCAAGGAUAUCCAUGGAAUAAGCCCGAAAAACGUGCCACUUCCCAAAAAAACCACAAUAUCAAACGAAGUCCGGAAUUUCGAAGAAAUUUAAGAGUCGAAUACGGUUUUAGGCCUCCACUUAUUCCUUCAGUUGAAAUUGGUGAAAAAGGACUUUUAUAGAAAAAUAAACAUGUUUUUUCAUAAAAGA